CAUGACUCGCACGUCCCCCCGGACGGCUGACCAAAACUGGAAACGGCUACGCUAGGCCAAAGCACCUAUUUAGCGGCGGUAUACUGGCGGAGAAGUCUCUCACGACCUGGUGGCCGACUGGGCAAACCUCGCUCUAGUUGUGAUUGGCUUUCUUCGCGCACUUAGACGCCCCAGCUCUCCCCAUGGGCACUCUGUACGAAUAUUCCGCCAUGUGUUUCCCCGCAAGACAACCCGCUCUUGCCCCUUCUCGGCCAUUACCGGGGCUUAGACUCCCAAGCACUCGGGCUAGCCCUUCACUUGUGGCAUGGCUCCUGUAAAUGGUUCAUCUCUUGACUAUGCAUACAAAAGGCUGGGGUCUAUAUAGACCGCAGAUCCGUCCAUGUGGUUGACCUGCAUCUUUUCGACAGGUCAAUACCAAAGACUAUCUCUCUUGGCCCCUCGCAUACUCUGGAGUCAAGUCCAAUAUGGCUUCAAUGGAGAAGACCACCGGCAACGUGGCCACCGAGAAGGUCACCUCAACACAAGGACAACACAAUGCGGUCGACGAGACGAGCGCGGCUAUCAACAAUGAGCACAACAUGUCGGUCCGGCAGUCCUUGAGAUUCUGGUGGAAAGCGAUCGUAUUCUCAUUCGUCAUAUCGCUUUGCGUUGUGAUGGAAGGCUACGAUACAAGUCUCAUGAACAAGUUCUUCGCCUUUCAACCAUUUCGAAACAAGUUCGGCGAUGAGAUUGAUGCCGAUGGCAACAAGCUUGUCUCUUCGAGAUGGCAGACCAUCAUCCUUAAUGGUACUCAGGUCGGAUGCAUUCUCGGUCUCAUCGUCAACGGUUAUAUCACUGAAUGGAUUGGAUACAAGAAGACAAUGAUCGGCAGCAUGCUGUUCAUGACUGGCGCCAUCUUCAUUCCGUUCUUCUCUACAGGACUGGAGAUGUUCCUUGUGGGAGGCAUAAUCCAGGGUCUCCCAUGGGGUGUCUUCCAAACACUGGCAAUUUCAUAUGCCGCAGAUCUCUGCCCCACGCAUCUGAGAGGAUACAUGACUUCGUGGAUCAACAUGUGUUGGGUCAUCGGCGGUCUCUUGUCUACUGGCAUUCUCACUGGACUGAUGAAGAACACGACUCAAUGGGGAUACCGCAUUCCUUUCGCUCUCCAGUGGAUCUGGCCCAUCCCUAUCAUCCUAGCUACCUUCCUCGCACCGGAAUCACCUUGGUGGCUAGUCCGACAAGGUCGCAUCGAUGAGGCCAAAGCAGCGAUCCGCCAAAUCACUACACCUACAGACGGCGUUGAAUUCGACCUCGAUGCGCACGUAGAGAUGAUGGUUGUCACUGACCAGUACGAGAAACAAGUCGGUGCUGGAACCAACUACUGGCAUUUGUUCCGAGGAAGCGAUCUACACCGCACUGAGGUUUCUGCCAUGGCCUUUAUCACCCAAGCUCUCUGCGGUGUUCCCUUCAUGGGCUUUGGAACUCAAUUCAUGCAAGGCGUAGGCCUCAGUCAAGACGACUCCUUCCAUCUAACCAUCGGUCAGGACUGCUUGGGUCUAGUUGGAUGCUUUAUCGCCUGGUGGAUCAUGACGCGCUUUGGCCGACGACCCAUAUACCUCGUUGGAUUGUCCGCCAUCUUCAUCAUACUUUUGAUUGUUGGCUUCAUCGGCCUAGCGCCGUCUACGAACGAGAAUGCAAGUCUCGCUGGAGGUGUUCUAAUCAUUCUCAUGAUCUUCUGCUUCCAGCUAUCCCUGGGACCCAUCUGCUACUCUCUUGCAGCCGAAAUCCCCUCGUCGCGCCUCCGUGUAAAGACUGUCGCACUCUCUCGCGCUUCAUACAACUCCAUUGUCUUCGUCACAAACACAAUCAUGCCGAAAAUGGUUGGCAAGAACGACUGGAAUUGGGGUGCGAAGGGUGGUUUCUUCUGGGCUGGUAUUGCACUUCUGUUCAUCGCGUGGGGAUACUUCCGUCUUCCUGAGCCGAAGGGUUUUACCUACUCUGAACUGGAUCUCAUGUUCGAGCACAAGGUUUCUGCGCGCAAGUUCACACGUGAGGCUGCGGAUGCGUUGAAGCCUGCGUUGACGGACGUCGCCAUGCAGUACGAGAAACAGAAUGGGGUCGAGCGCGUAGAGUCGCAUGCAUGAGCUAGCUAGUUACGGUUGGUAUAUCAGUGGUGGUAAUUUCAGUGUAUGCUGUCGUCGCAAGAACCAUUAACAAUAAUAAACUUCAUUGACAUUCUAUUCAAUCCCAGAUCUUUCUCUCCCGUAUUCGUAUUCUACUAUUGCCAGAACCU